AUGCCUCGCGGGAUAAGGAGGCAGUCCCUCUACCUAUUCGGCGCGAUGAUUCUGCUGUUUCUAAUCAACCUAUAUUUUGCCAGUGAGGGUGAAGCAACCGUCGAGGAGCAAAUGAAGUAUUACCCCAACAUGCAGAAGAGUGAAUCAUCUGAGGCUGAUCCAGUACCGAUAGAAAAAGAAGCUCGGAAGGUGAAAUGUUCGGCCGAUGGACAACAAUUGACUUGCCUCCGUGACGAUGCCGACUACUACUUCCCGUUCAACUUCUUAAAGAAGCGCUUCGACAUCUCUGGACACGCAACUGAUAACGAUACUUUCGAGUGGAUCACCUCGUACGCCCGUGUCAAAAUUCCGGAUUUCAAGGCCUAUAACUACACGUCAGAAUUUGGCCACUUUGCAUCUUACAGUGUGGAGACCAGGGACCGUGUCAGGUGUAUAAAUCCAGAUACUGGCGUACCCAUGUCAACGCAAUGGGAUCCGACUCCCUAUUAUUAUCCCAUCCAAAUAGCUCAAUAUGGACUGCAGCAUUAUAGCCGGAUGGUGGACGAGGAUCGCAGUGAAGUCAGGGUUGCAGAGCUUGGGAAAGAACAUCGUGAUUGGCAGGGGACUGCCUCCACGGUACACCAGAUCAGUAUACGGACUUAUUUUACGGACAACGAGACGAAGACUGAAUACGUGAACAUUAGCAGUUCUUCCUCUUUGACAAAUGGCGGUGUUUAUCUCUAUCUGAAGCAGGACCCGGACCUCCACAUUGUUGAAUUCAGCUGGAGGCCACAGGCGAAUGCUUCGUUUACACUUAUGUUGCAAGUUCGCGAGACGGGUGCUGUAAUUUUGCUGAACUAUGUGCAGACCGAUGACCCGAGAUGCGUUUGGGCUGACGGGGUAGCAGCCGGAGAGGAUCGGAUCUCGUUCACCUAUUCUCUUGGGGAUCAGGCUGACAGAUGGUCGAAUGUGAGCAGGGAUCUGCAAGUUGAUGCUGCCAGAGCGAUGACCUCAAAUGGAUCCGGCAAAAAGACUGAUAAUAUCAUUUACCACCCCGGCGAUUUGAAAUUUAUCUCGGUCGGUUUCCGCGGUGAAGCCACACUCGUUCAGAGAAUUUGGCAGCGAACCCAGGUUCAUCGUCAGCUUUUCCAUACGGCAGCAAAUUGGGCUGUUAGUCAGCAAGAUGAAAAGGGUGGUUGGCCGAUUCCGGUUGAACGUUCGAUUGCAGACCGUAAGCUGGUCCUGCCACCCGGGUGGUAUUCAGCCAUGGCGCAAGGCCAUAUGAUCUCGCUGCUGACCCGGGCUUGGCAUGAUACCAGGGAUGAAAACUAUUUAGUUUCUGCCGUGAAGGCUCUUGGACUUUUUGAGAAGCUUGCUCAGGAUGGCGGUGUCAGAAAUGAUUUUGUCGGUAAACUGGCAUGGUAUGAAGAAUACCCGACAACACCCGGCUCGUUUGUCCUAAAUGGCUUCAUGUACAGUUUGAUCGGGCUCUACGAUCUAUCGAGCAUCCCAGAGCAGAAUUUUUUGAACAAGACAAUUGCUGACGGCAUUAUGAAGGCUUCGCAUCUUUAUUCAACCGGAAUGCAGUCUUUGUUGGCGUUGCUGCCAUUGUACGAUACUGGUUCCGGGUCGAUCUAUGAUCUCCGACAUCUUGGGUUAGCUAGCGCCCCGAAUUUGGCAAGAUGGGAUUACCAUGCUGUCCACGUCUAUCUUCUGCAAUGGCUGUAUCUCGUGUCUGGCGAGGAACAAUUGGCGGAAAUCGGACAACGCUGGGCCGGAUAUGCGAGGGGCAAUCGCGCGAAGCAUAAU